AUGCCUCGCUGCAGGAUUCUCGCUCAUUACGAGAAACUUUCAGAGUUUGACAGAAGUCGUAUCAUUGGAUUGAAGGAGGACGGUUGGACAAAUCGGAGUAUCGCUCGUCAUUUGAGUCGAAGCGAUGCUGCGAUUCGAAGAUGCUGGCAAGGAUGGUUGGAAAAUGGCAGAGUUCAGUGUCAGGAUGGUAGCGGUCGACCUAGGGCUACAACAGAGAGUGAGGACAGAGUGAUUGUCCGAGCAGCUGUCACAGCGCCUUAUUCAUCUCUAUCAACCAUCAGACGUUCAACCCAAACACCAGUGUCAACCAUGACCAUUCACAGACGGUUGAGAGAGCGAAAUCUACGCUCGCGGCGACCGUUACACCACCUGCCACUCACGCCUGCACACUGCCUAGCCAGAUUAAAGUGGUGCAUGGCUCGAUAA